AUGGGUGUUAUUCAACUGAACAUCACUGUCGGUUCAGUAACUCGACCAACCAUCUUCAUGGUCAUCAAAGGAAAACCCAUUUACAACCUGCUGGUUGGGAGAGGAUGGUUACACGGGGCUGCACCUUCCUCUAUGCACCAGCCAUUAAUCAUCUGGAGGGGAGAUGGUAUUGUCAAAAAUAUUGAGGCCGACCAGAGCUAUUUCAUGGCUGAUGUUAACAAUAUUGGCCAAAAGCAAUUCGACAUGAAGUUGGCAAAUAUAGCCCCUUGUCAGCCAGCUGAGGAUAACCUACGCCAUCAGGCUGGGGUAACACAGAUAAUGAUGUCUGAGCUAGAAGCUCUAAAAAGGAUUUCGGCAUACAUUGCUGAAAACAAAAUCAAUUCGGCUUUAGAAGCUGAAACCAACAUAGCCGACGAAGCAAAUAAAAUUCAAACCACAGAAAGUGGUUCGACCAUAAAAGCGAAAGUGUCGAGAGGAGAUAGUUUAGAAGCCGCCGAUAAUCAGCUUUCUGACUGUAUAUAUAACGACGAACCUUUGGGGUUCAAAAAGGACCCUUUGGCGCCAGAGAAAAUGCAACAACAAGAUCCUUUAGAAGAAAUCGAUCUUGGCGAAGAGGGAGAUAAACGACCAACAUUCAUCAGCGCCAACAUUGACCAAAGACUCAGAUCGGAGGUAACUUUAUUAUUAAGAGAAUUUAAAGAUUGUUUUGCAUGGGACUAUAAUGAAAUGCCUGGUUUGAGCAAGGAAUUGGUCGAAUUAAGAUUGCCAAUACAAGCUAGAAAGAAACCAGUAAAACAAACACCUCGAUGUUUUGCUCCAGCAGUAAUGUCGAAGAUAAAAGAAGAAGUCGAACGACUUCUUAAAAGCAAGUUCAUAAGAAUUUCCAGAUACGUUGAAUGGUUGGCAAAUAUAGUGCCAAUUAUGAAGAAAAAUGGGAAGCUAAGAGUAUGCAUUGAUUUUAGAGAUCUAAAUGCUGCUAAUCCAAAAGAUGAAUAUGCCAUGCCGGUAGCAGAAAUGUUAAUAGACUCGGAUGCUGGUUUUGAAUAUUUAAGCAUGUUAGAUGGUUAUACUAGUUAUAACCAAAUUUUUAUUGCAGAAGAAAAUAUGCCGAAGACGGCAUUUCGUUGCCCGGGGGCAUUAGGAACAUAUGAAUGGGGUUAUGCCAUUCAGCCUGAAGAAUGCCGGAGCCACAUACCAAAGGGUAAUGAACUCUAUGUUUCAUGA